AUGAAGCACAUGGAAGAAGAGCUGGUGAAGACAAGGACCUUGCUCGGGGAGGAGGAGAGGGCGAGGGGGGAAGCGAACGAGUUGAUCGAAGGCUACAAGUCUGCGAUGAAGGAGAAGGAGGAGGAGCUGGAGGAGCUGAAGAGUUUGUGCUCGUCUCUGAGGUCGGAGUCUGACCAGAAGGAGAAGUUGAUGUCGAAAUUCUCGGAGCUGAAGAAGACCCUUGAAGCCGUCAUCGAAGAAAAGGAGAUACUCGAGUCAAGAUUGGCGGAAAUGGAGGAAGAGAGGGGAGGUAACGCUGAAGCUAGCCAGCAGCUUGCUGCAGCAGAGAUGAAGAGAAUAGAAGCAGAGGGGAAGUACGCCGAGUCCUUGAGUCAGAUCAAACAACUCGAGGAGAAGCUAGAGCAGAAGCAGAAGGAAGUAGAAUCGAUGACAUCGGAGCAGGGCAAGGUGGAGGAGAGAGACUCGGCGAUGAGAGAACAAGCCCGUCAGCUGCAGGAGGCGAUCGAAGAGCGUGACCGGCUGAGGUCUCAGAUCGCUGACAGCGCGUACUCGGGCGAGCUGCUGGAGAAGGCUCGGCAGGACCUGGAGGACUAUAAGAGGCAACACAAAAGUGACCGCACUCGCUUCACGCAAGAGAUCUCGUUGCUUCAGGAGCAGAUUUCAAAUUCGAACCAAAGUGUUGAAACCUUAACGGAGCAGGAGGAGCGAGACCGAGCCAUCGCCGACUACAACCGCAUCGAAGAGAUCCUGCAGGAGAAGUCGCUGGCGCUGGAGGAGGAGAACCGGUCGAACUUGGAGAAACUUCAGCAGAGCAACGAGGAACUCGUGCAGGCCAAGGUGGAGCUGGACAACAUCCAGAAGGAGUGGAAAGCCCAGCAGUUUGACUCCGUCGACAAACAGUCAUGGCAGGUCAAGAAGCUUCAAGUCGCUGCGGAGGAGGAUGAAGCCAUGGUCGCGACCCUCCUCAAGCUCUCCAGCCAACUUCUCUUAGCACUCAACGAUGCGGCCUAG